AUGCCGCCAGCCGGAGGGGGGGACGCUCACGUGCGACCCUCUGCUUUCCAGCCGGUAGCCGUGCCUCCCAGAAAACCACCGAUCAGACCACCAGGACGCACCCCUUCCCUCCCCUUCGGUUCGUCCGGACCUCCGGCGGCUGCAAGCGCGCCAGCCGCGGCUGAGCGGCCUCGGCCUUUGACAGCUCGGCGCGAGCACCUCCAGGCCUCUAGUCCCGGCUCAGGGGGCGGAGCGAGGCGGGGCGGGGCGAGCGCGCGCGGGGCGGGGCGAGCGCGAGCGGCGGCGCGAGGAGGGAGCGCGCGAGCCGAGCCGAGCGGAGCUGGGAGGUGCUGGGGAGAGGCAGGCAGAGCCUGGCCGGCCGCCUGCGGCUCCGCGCCGUUCUUGCUGCGUCCCCGGCUCCAGGACUCGGAGCGAUUGGCCCGCUGUGCGCUCCCCUGCGGCGACGACCAAGGGGACGUGCAUCCCUCGCCCGCGGGGCUCUUGUGCCUCGCGCUUCCUCACCUGCAGAUCGCUCCCGGGAGCGUCGAGGGGCCCCAGCCGAGGGGCCGCGCGGGCGCCGGCGCCCAGAAACUCUCCAGCCCACCGCCCCCCGGCACCCGCGACUGCUCUGCCACCGCCGGCGUCUCGGCCGCAGCAGCCGCCGCCUCACAAAGGGGCGUAGGGAGGGGUAGCAGGCGGCGGGCACCGGCGCCGGUACGCAGGGCGCUAGCCUCCGGGCCGCCGAGGCCGGGAGACAAAAGGGAAACUGCUUCUGUUCGCCGGACCGGCUCGGAGCUGCCCGAUCGUUCGCCUCCCGCCCGGCUCCGUGAGCCUCCUCCCCCCCGCCUACCCUCGGCUACUGCUCCGCCUCCCUCCCCGCGGGCUGUCCCCGCAGUGCUCCGGGACCCAGCCAGCCUUCGGGGCGCGCGUCGCUGCUGGUGGUUGGGGCUCUAG